CUGCUCUACGGCCUAGAAAAAGCGUCCCACGAAAAUCGCCAGCAUUGCCUCUCUCAGGCUUCUCUCUGUUAUGGUUUUGCGCUAAUGCAAAAGUGUGUGCUCGAGCUCGAGCCCUUACUGAGGGAACGGUGAAAGGAGCAACGUGAUUUCUCUUUUGAUUGAUCUGCGUGGCGUGUGUCAUAAAAAUAUAAAAUAGGGGAAAAAAGAAAAACUUGUCGGUAUUUUUCUGUGUCCCUGAUUAUUCGGAAAGCGAGAAUUUCGGCACAAGGUUAUAAACUUUUUGUCGAUUCACUACUUUCACGACUGCUUUGGGUUGACAUCUGAUCUUUUAAAGCUUCUGAUAAGAUCAUCACUUGCCCGCACCACGUUCGCACCGGCUCGCACUCAACGCAUCAAUGAUGACGAGUCAGCCGAGGAAUUUUCUGAGGAAACCUAUCGCGCUCGCGAUUAGAUUCGCCUGUAAACUUAGAUGCCCAAGUGAAAAGGUCGAAGUGCAUCGUCGAGUGCGUGUUGAGCGCGUGUAAGCGCUCGUGGAUGUACAGUAGUAUACGAAAGAAAAAUAUCGGUCUCAUGUGUACCAAGGAUGCGGUGCUGUUCCAUUAUACCGAUGCUACGAUGUACCUCUCGUUCCCGUAAGUUCGCGGAGCGUCUAUGAGGCCCCGGUCAUUUACAUUACACAUUGUAUACAAUGUCAACGCAGUUAAGCAUGCAAGACAAGAAAGAUUUGGAGAAGUUCACCAAAUACCUGGCACUGAGAGCCGCCCAAAUUAUAGUGCAAUCAAGAUCGGGCCAGAAAGUCAAUACCACGUGUAAACCGGAUUCCUCCGCCGGCGAUUGGGUAAAAUUUAAUCUGGCAAUAAAAGAGCUACCUGAGGUCUCGGCUGAUGCUAAGAGAGCGCUAUGUGGAGAAAUAGUUAGUUCAUCUGUACCUCUCUGCAUAGAAAUUUCUCUGAAAACGGUAGAGGGUGACAAGAUGGUUCUGGAAACUUGGAGUCUUGGUGUUUUGCCAGAGCAAAGUGAUCCAACUGUGCGAGUAACAUAUACUGUGUAUAACAGAAUGGGAAUUUUAUUAAAGUCCUUGCUCUCUGUGUCAAGAACUGCGCCAGCUUACAAACUAAGUAGGCGUCAAGGGCCUGAUUCUUAUACUAUGUGCUACCGAAUAUACAUGGGAGAACCUCAGCUACAUAAUUUAGGUGAUAAUUAUAAACAUAUGAGAGUGGGUCAAUUGUGUACUCCAGUAGGUACCAUACAUUUGUCAGUCUCUUACAGAACAAAAAUGACCAUAUCACCCACUCACAAGGGACGAGAUUCUAUUAUGCUUAAGAGCGAUCAUUUUCAUUCGGAUUUAAGUCCACGCCACACACGAUAUCAGCAAAGUGAGGAAACAUCAAAGUCCCUCAGCGAUACUAUCAAAGUUGGUGCAUUUGUGAUAAACAAACCCGUAAUUGUUAAUGAGGAGGAUCUUGUGAUACCGGACGUACCAUUCAGUUCUUUAUUGACACCAAAACAAACGUCACCUCCUCCAGUAUCAUUAAUGAAUCCUGCAAAUACAAAGACUGCAACGGCAGCUGCCACAACUGAUAGCAACAACGGAAAUAACGAAAGACUCAGUAAUGAUAAUACGACUUCAAAAUGCGCCUCCCAAAACGGAUCUAGAAGGAGUAGUUGUUCAAUGACUAGUGCCAACGAUGAUUUUAUUAUGGUAGAUUUGAAAACACCCUUUGCCGUCACGAAUACUAAUAGCGAUGUAGGAGCGUUUUAUCGUGAUUGUCAAAGUGCACCGCAAUUGCAGGCCUUCAUGGAAGAAAGAACGCUUGCGGAACAAUUGGGAGAUCUUACUAAGCAAUUGGAAACAUUUGAGACCAAUAUGCAUCAUUAUGAGGAUAUUUUGUCGUCAUUGUGUCAAACUGAAAAUAAUAAUUAAGGCUGAACUCUGCUACUAGCUGAAUUAAAAACGCGAAUUGUAUACAACUCUAUUGUAUGCAUAUCUAUUGUAUUAAGGUGGAGGUGGAUAUACAUUAAGUAAAUGAACAACGCGAAUAUUCGGACAGUCGUAUUCAUGUUAUUUACUCGCUUUUUUUCGCAUUGAGCUAGAUUCGUUGUUUGUUACAUAAAAAAUGUCGAAUAUAAUAAUUACUGCGCGAGUUUUAUUUAAUAAAAUAACUUAUGAAUUCGAAACAAACAGUGGCAAAUAGCCAAUAUGUAAUAAUAUCCACACUAUGCACGAACUUUUUUUGAUGUAUCGUUUUAUCUCAAAUGAAUUAAUCUUAAUGCAGAACACUAGCGAAUGUUCUGUUUGCAUUUGCCACAGCGAAUAAUACAUACUCCAAACUUUAAUGAUACAAGUUCGCAUUCAUUUCUUUGCUCAGUGUAUAUCCCAUCUUUAGAUAUCGAAGCCUUUUUAAUUGCCUUUGUCAUUUACAUACGAGAUGGUUGAAAUCAUUGGAAAACUUCUGUUUUUUAUAUUGAAUAAUUUAAUGAUUUUGAAAAAUUCUAUAAAUAUGUUAAUAUACAAUGUAUAUCAAAGAUUUAUGAAGUUUGGGGAAGCACAUUAAUCCUUCGAUAUCCUCUGAGUAAAACUGCUCACUCAAGUGUUUUGCUAUAUAUUAUUGCAGAAACUACAAAAUAUAAUUAAUAAAGCAAACACACACUAGUUGUGAUAAUUGAUUACUUAAUAUAAUUUAUUGCUUGUAUAUAAAUGUAAAUUGCACACUUGAAUAUUAUAAGAUUAAUUGAUAAAUAUAAGUUGACUAUGAAAAAA